AUGAGAAUAUCACAGCAUUUGUUCACAUGGCACUGCCUUCUUUCAAAAUCUACAAGAACUCAUGCCUUUGGCACCCCUCACUCACAUUUUGAUUCCAAUAGUAGAAGGUUCCUUUCUUCUACUGGAGGGACAGAGAAAUCUCUGGAGAAUAAAGAAUUUUCGACCGAAUACCAUGCACCAGUUAUGUGGAAGGAGUGUAUCGAUUCACUAUUGAACUGUGAAAGAUCGCAAGCUCGAACAGAUGAUUCAGACGACAGCGACAGAGAACCAUUAAUAUUUAUUGACGGAACGCUGGGAGGUGGUGGGCAUUCUGCUGCACUUUUGCAAAAGUUGAAUGCUGGAGACAUUGUAUUUGGCUGUGAUGUGGAUUCUGAAGCCCUCGAGACAGCCUCUAACCGACUGGGGAAAUACAUGGAUCACGAUGGGAAAGAGCUUCCGUUUUUCAUUCCAGUCCAAUCUAACUUUGGUGAAUUGGAUUCUACGGUUACGGAAGCUAAACAUCCAGUCACUCAACAAACAAUAGUGGGAGAGGGAGUAGAUGGAAUUCUAUUGGAUUUGGGUGUCAGUUCUCAUCAAAUUGAUACAGCCGAGCGAGGCUUCGCAUUCAUGAAGGAUGGACCAUUGGACAUGAGAAUGGGGCAGAAUGCAAUGUCUGGGUUGACAGCAGCCGAUAUUUGCAACGAAUUUGACCAGAUGGAGCUGCAAAAGAUUUUCAGUAAGUAUAGUGACGAACCCAGGGCAAAAACAGUAGCCAAAGCAAUAGUUUCGAACCGCCCACUGUCCACAACCAGGGAGCUUGUAGAUGCCAUUGGAACAGUCACUCCAACAUAUGCAAAGCAAAAACGAAAAGGAUUGACUGCUACAUGUGCCAGAGUGUUCCAAAGCUUGAGAAUUGUUGUCAAUGCUGAGGACAAAGUCUUGGAUAGAGUACUUUCAAUAGUGUGUCCAACAUUGAUUCGUCAAGGAGGUCGACUUGUGGUAAUGUCUUAUCACAGUAUGGAAGACCGUGCAACAAAGCGUAUCAUGCGCGAUGGUACAGUGGAGAGAAGAAAGAAUAUUGAUCAGCGAGACAUUUACGGAAACUAUGCUGGCCCUCCAAAACCGUUCAAGCCGGUGGGGAAGAGACAGAAAGCUCGCAAUGAAGAGGUUGAAGAAAAUCCAAGAGCUAGAAGUGCUGUAUUGAGAGUUGCAGAAAGGCUUGAUUCCUAG